GAAUCCUUCGAUCUGAAUCCCCUGCUUGGCCGCGUCCGUCCCUCAAGAUCGAGGAAGCGAAGUGGGUUGGUCGGCUCUGCUGCGUCGGGAAAGCUCCACCGGACCCCGCCGGCGUUCGCCCAGUCUCCUGCUUCUCGGCCCCAAACUCAUCUCAUCAUUUCAGCGCGUUUCUAUUCGGAAGUUCUGCCUCGAAAAAAAAUUCCCAUUUCAUCCAUGGAUCCAGAAGCAGCAAAGACAGCACGCGAAUCUCUGGAAUUGUCGUUCCAGAUGUCCAACAUUCUCGACACGGGGCUUGACCGCCACACGCUCUCGGUGCUGAUCGCCCUCUGCGACCUUGGACUGAACCCCGAGGCACUGGCUGCUGUUGUGAAAGAGCUACGGACAGAAGCUCUGUCUUCUCCACCCCCACCUCCUGCAUCAUCAUCAUCAUCAUCAUCCUGAUUGUCGUUUCACUUCGUCUCCCCUCAGCGAAACAACAUCUCCAGUAUUUGUAGUUAGUUCCUUGGUUCCUCCUGUCUCUUGUCUCAUCCCCUUCAGUGGCCUCAUUUCUGCAAACUGUUCAGAGUGACUGAGAUUUGUUGGGUAAAGAAUGCGAAACUGCCUACUGUGUGAGAGUUUAGCUAUAAAGUUUCGUGUUAGAUUGUUAGUGUGGGGAGUCGAUUGAACAGAUGCCAGAGACUCAUUGUGCUGAUGCACGAAAUGAGAUGGACAGAAGAAGUCCACAAGCGCAAGAUAUUGAUGCAGCGAUGCGAUACGAGUAUUACAAGACUAGCAUUCUUUCGAACCGAAAGGGGCUGAAAGAGUGGUGUACUGGACUCAAGUUCUUAUUCAUUCAUGCCUCUUGCAGCAUUGUAAGGGCGUGAAAGGAGCAUGAGAACCUUCGAAUACAAGGCUGUGUAGUCCCAGCCGUUCUCUGCUGCAAAUUUAGCAGCCUUCUUCUGCAACAGCAUCCUUCCCUAGCUGGAAAACGGAUGGUUAUCAAAUCUUUAAGACUUGGUGCGGGAAGUAAUCCUUAUGUGCUGGGCCGUCUCACUGGCCCGUAGGCUUUAGCCACAAAACAAAUUUUGUGGGCCUUUUGUACAGAACCUUCGGGCCCAACAUCAUCCC